ACUGCACAGCCAGAUGCUGGCUGGGCAAGCCCUCGCGUUCUUGGGCCUGACCUGGGGCACUUUCCAGAGCCUGGCCAUCCCCCGGAUUACAGAAUGUGGCCUCUCCUGUUCUCAGUUACAUAAAAUAUAAGUUGCUGAUUUCCCAGGUUUCGGAUCGUUCUGUCUCCCCCUUCUCGGAAUGUGAGCUCCUGGAGAGGGCUUUGCCUGCAGGAGCCACAAGAACCGGAACAUUUUUAACAGCUUCUGCCGGCCACGCCCCGUGUCCAUGUCCAGGUCAGUCCUGGAGGCCCUGACGUCCUCCACUGCCAUGCAGUGUGUCCCCCCUGACGGCUGCUCGAUGCUCCUGCGUGUACGCGCCUCCAUCAACCUGCAUGAGCGCCUGCGGGGCCUGGAGGCCUGUGCCAUCAGCCUGGACACCCAGGAGACGCAGUGUCAGAGCGUGUGGGUGGCCAGGGCCUCCCACCAGCAGCAGGUGGGGCAGCAGCUCCAGGUGCACUUUGGCUGCUUUGCGGUGAGUGUGGCCCAGCACCUCUACGUCACCCUGAGGACCAUCCCUCAUUUCUGCGGGGUCCAGCUGGACCAGAGGCACCUCGUGGAAGCGGGGAAGCUCAGCUACUGGGUGGACCGGAGGCGCAAGGCGAUUCUGGUGCAGGUGCCCAGGGCCUCCGGGAGCCCCGACUACUACGUGCGGCUCUGCCUCAAGCGGUUCACCUGCGAGGACGCCGGUGCCCCUGUGCAAGUGACCGCCAACAGCGUCUCCCAGGCCGUCUCCCUGCCCUACAGCCAGGAGCUGCCGUGCUUGUGCCUGGAGGGCUGGUCUGCGACCCCUGACGCGGUGAGGAUCCAGAUCUGCCCCUUUGAAAACGACACUGAGGCACUGGAGGUGCUGUGGGACACGGUCUACUACCACCCGGGGAGCCAGACACUGAGCUGGGAGCCCGCCUGCCCUGUGAGUGGCCAUGUGAGCCUGUGCUGGCGCCCAGGGCCCGGAGCCGGCUGCCGUAAGCUGCAGCGAUCCAGCCAGCUGGUGCAUCGCAGAGUGCAGUACCCGCUGGUGGACACCCAGCCCCAGCUCUGCCUGAAGUUCUCCACCAGUUGGGGGUCCUGGGUGCGGUGCCCUUUCGAACAGCGUCGCUUCCCAACCCCGCCCACUUCCAGGUGCACCUGUGUCACAGGAGGAAGUCACAGCUCCCUGCCUGCCAACGCACACUCCAGGCCAGCCCGCUCCCUUCAGCCUCAUGUGACCCAGCAGCCGCCCUUGCCUUUGCCUUCCUGGACCUUCCCAAGGAGGAGGUCUGUGCCCCAGGCGUCUGCAUCCAGGGCUGGAGGACCGAUGUAUACUUCUCCGUUCCCCAGCAGCUCUGCAACCUCCGCUCCAGUGGGUGCCCAGCUCUUAGGGGCCGCAAGAGGCUGAGGACUAGACCCAGGCCUCCCACAGCAGCCUGGGCAUGGCGUGCACUGAACAGGAGACUGGGUGGGGGAAACGGGGAGACCAUCCGGCCCUGAGUCAGGUCAGGCUUCUGCGCCAAACCCAGGCCUGGGCCCACCACUGCCCUCCAGCCUCGAAUUUCCCUCCACCACACACCGCUGGGCCUCCCGCACGCCCUCCCUGGUCUCACUCUGUCAUUGGCCUUGCCUCCUCCUCCCUGGGGGUCCGCCUUUCCUGAUCAGAGUUCUGGUUCCAACCGCCAGUGACUUGGGAUGUCCCUUUGCCCACCAGCCACCGAGGCCCAAGCUCCCAGGACCCAGGGUACAUCAGGACAGAACUAAGCACGUGUGGCCUGGGUGUGGUCAGGAGCGUGGCUCUGCCUUGGAGUCCAGGAAGGGUCACAGCUAGCACUCCCACCUGCACCCCUCCCUGUGAGCUCAAGAGCUUGCCUAGCUUCGGGUGGGGUGAACCGCAAGAGCCACAGAGGUGGGAGGGGCGGGAGGGGGUGGAUAGGACAGCCGGCCACCCAGGGCCUCUGGGGACCCUUUCCAGGGAGCACCAGUGGGCCAGGCAGGGGUCUCUGGAAUGUCUCCUCAGCUCAGCUGAGCCACAGCCAUUUCAGGGCAGCCUACAGCCUGCUGCCCACAGGACAUGCCCAGGGCCGUGGCAGGACCCGCAGACCUUCAGCUCCCCCUUCUCCCAGCAAGACUUUUUGGCCAAGCCUAGGUCCCCCUCCCCAGCAAAGGUCACCUCCAGCAGAUCACAGACUAAAGGGGCGGUGGCCACCUGCUGGUCAGGUGUCCCUGGGGCUGGCACCUGCCACUGUGGAGUGCCCAUGCUAUGCUGGGCAAGUCCACGGCCCCAGGGACAGGCCUGGAGGCAGCAGGAGGACUGGGCCUGGCUCAGGUGGGGGGAUCUGGAGGUCACACACACUGCUCUUGGGGCCAGGGUGGGCUCCUCCUUCACUUGUCUGCUGAGCCUCCCUGCAGAUGGGAGGCUGCUGUCCACAGCCACUGGCCCCCCGGGACUGGGCAGCCCCCUCCCCUUCCCUCACAUGUCUCAGCCUCACACAGUGGGGGCAGGGCUGGGAGGGGGUGCCCCAGCCAGUACCACCCCUACAUCUCUCUCCACCUGCACCCACCCCCAUGAGACGGCAGCCUGAGGCCAGGAAUCUCCUCACCAACAAGUAGGUGUCAGGGACACAUUGCUGGGGGGCAGGAGGCAAAGGCACAGCCUCGGACAGCUGAGCCAGGCCCCCCUCAGAGUGCGAGGUGUUCUCACCUGACCGUGGGGCCCAGGCACCUGCUGGCUCUCCUGAGGCUACAGCUCCAUGGGGCCCUCAGGGCCUCUGGGUCACAUAAAAGACCUUCAGCCCUGUCCUGAGUGCCCUGGGAACAGCAGGACCUGGGUGGGCUACCCCUUCCCCGGAUGGCCCAGGUGCUGGACCCCAGCCUCCCUCUCAGACAAUUCAUGAUCAUGGCCACUGUCCCUGGCCCUGAAGACAAGGCCCUGGCAGCUGCCCGGAGCUUCCCCAGUGCUCUGGGGUGCAGGGUGCAACCUUCCUGUAGCUGACCAGGCCCGAGGUGGUCAAGGAUCACCCCAGUUUCUACCCAGGGCACCCCACACUGGCUGGAGUCCACCUCUCCUGUCUGUGCAUCCUUGGGUGCUGAGCUUCACUGGGGCACCCGCCCCACUCGGACACCUCCAGAGGGUUUCAGCUUCCCCAGAUCCCAGCCCCACUCACCCAGCAACGGUCAGUCAUUUCCUGUGGUCUCAGAGGCCACCUGCCUGGGGGCCACCUGCUGGGGAUGUGUGGUUCUCAGACAUCCCAAGUGACACAUCCAGGCCCCAGCCAGGGGUGUCCAGCGGUGGCCUGUGCAGUGGGCCAUGGGGUCGGCCCUUGAAGACCUCUCAUGUGGGUCACAUAGGCUCCCCAGCUUCCCCGCUGAGCCACCCUCUGGAGCCUGGACAUCGUCUCACCUGAGUGCUGUGCAGGACCACAUGCCCGGCCUGUCCCAGCGGUGGUUGCACCCCAUCUGCAGAUGCACUCCCACUGCAGUCUGGGCCCAGGCUGCCCUCUUCCCGCUGGCUGUGGGCAGCUGGGCCUUCUUUUCCCUCCUGCAACAGAGGCUGCUAUGCCCCACAGACUGGAGAGGGGGCUGCAGAGUGAGUAAGUCCCCUCCACUCAGUAAACGCUGGUCCGGGGGUAGCUGUUAAAAUGG